GUUAUGAAAAACCACACAGUAACUACAUUUGUCCUCCUGGGACUGACUGAUGACCCACAACUGAAGGUUGUGACUUUCAUCUUUCUGUUUCUCGCCUACAUGUUGAGUGUAACCGGCAACCUGACCAUCAUCUUCCUCACCUUUGUGGACUCACACCUUAAAACUGCCAUGUACUUUUUCCUACAAAAUUUCUCCUUCCUAGAAAUCUCAUUUACAACUGCUUGUAUUCCCAGAUACUUAUACAACAUAUCAACCGGUGACAAGACAAUCACGUAUAAUAAUUGCAUGAUUCAGAUUUUUUUCACUGAUCUGCUCGGGGUCGUAGAGUUUUUUCUCCUCACCAUCAUGUCCUAUGACCGCUACGUCGCCAUCUGCAAACCACUGCAUUACGUGACCAUCAUGAACAGCCAGAUGUGCAGCAGACUCAUCCUUGGUUGCUGGGUAGCUGGCUUGUUGAUCAUACUCCCACCCCUCAGCCUGGGACUGAACGUCAAAUUCUGUGACUCCAACGUUAUUGACCAUUAUAUCUGCGAUGCAUAUCCCCUCCUUAAGAUCUCAUGCACAGAAACGUGGCUGAUAGAGCAAGUGAUCAUAGUCAGUGCUGUGUUGGCCUUUAUAAUGACCCUGGUGUGUGUGAGUCUAUCUUAUCUGUACAUCAUCAAGACCAUUUUAGGAUUCCCUUCUGCCACACAAAGGAAAAAGGCCUUUUCCACCUGCUCUUCCCACAUGAUCGUCAUCUCGAUAACCUACGGAAGCUGCAUCUUCAUCUACGUGAAGCCUUCGGCGAAGGAGUCAGUGAGGGCUAACAAGGGGGUGACGCUGCUCACCACUUCCAUCGCUCCUAUGCUGAACCCCUUCAUCUACACACUGAGGAACCAGCAGGUGAAGCAGGCCCUCAGUGACUCACUCAAAAGAAUCUCAUUGUUUUUAAAGAAGUAA